AUGAUUUCCAUAAAGUCUGAAGUCUCCUUCAUUCUCUUUCCACUCCUUUAUUUGCAAUUCACCAACAAAAACUUACAAGUAAGAUUCACCCUUCCCCUCGAUACUGCAUUUACACUUGUUUUUAACUACGAGGCUAACAAAGAAGAAGUGGCCAAUCGCCAGAUCUCAUCUUCACACGAGGGCCAGCUAGAGCUGCUCUCGCCGCUCCGUGGCCUCGGAGAAGCACCAGCGCGUGUCCGUGCUUUUAUCCUCACAGAGGCUGAAUAUAUCAUGAGCAUGGUCACAAUUAUCGUCCAGCAAACCUACUUCGAUGGAUACCCCCGUGACAACCAGCUAUGGGCCUUACAGGCAAGAAUGCAGGUCCUGCUCGACAAAAUGAGGCACCUGCAGGAGGAAUACGAAAUUGACUGUACAAUUGCAUAUGACAUGUGGCGCAAUUGCUAG